CCAGAAUCCAGGGUGUGCUAGAUCGAGUGAAAUGACGCGGGAGAUUUUUCUUCUGCUUAGGAAGUGGAUAAAACUACUCCGUAAACAGGGGGCUGGAUAUUCAUCCAUAUUCCUGUUAAAAUCGCCCAGAGGCUAGCAUUUGGUUCGUAAAAAUAUUUAGACAUUUCGCAUUAUGGCCGUAUAAACAUCAUGACUUAUCUUCAGACUUCUCUUCACCAAACAACCACAUCCCAGCACCAAGGACAAACACUGCAAUUCUCCCAUCCCUCACGAGCUCUCUCAGAAUCUGUAUCCAAGCCCGUGCAUUCUUGAGUUCGCCGUCUCUAGCUCGUGUCAAAACUCUCGUUCCACACAACACAACCUCCCCAGUCAAGAACAGUACAAACGGAUUUUGGGCAGUUGCAGGAGGCGGAGGAUUCGGUCCGAAGGUCAAAACAGAGGACCGGAACAGACUGAGUAAAUAUAUGCCCAUUGCUAGAGAGAACACCACAUGUACGAGUUUCCAAAUGGAUGUAAUCCGUUGCUCCGCCGGCGAAGCAGGUUGCGAAUUCCCGCCAAAGAAGAAUUUGGCUAGGUAUGGUGGAACACCAAAGCCGGAAGCAAUAUCGGCUAGAUUAAACGCUGGGCCUUCUCCGCCGCCAGGGAAGGUAUCGCUGCCAGCUGGUCCUCCAGCUAAUAAGCUGCUUAGCAAAGCCGUUGGGUUUUGCUCAGGAGUCUGUUGGUCCAAAGGCUGUUGUGAGCGUAAAAGAGCCCGCAGAUACUCUUCCUGUGCUUUGAGACCUUCGGGAGUCUGAUCUUCGACAUUGGGCGAUGGAGGUAGAGGGGAAAUGGAUUUCGGCGGUGCAUGUGGGCGGUGUUCGGGGGUUGGGGUAGAAUCGGAAAGCGCGAGAUGAUAUAUAUCUUACUGUUUGCAGGUGUCCGUCCACUGAGACUGGUGAUCUUGUCGAGCCUCGCAGAACCAUCUGCUCUAAUUUUAGCUUCGCGGCGUUCACGCCGGAGGCGAGCUGCCCGCUGGGCUGGCGAUUCCUCUGUUGCUGACAUUGUGGUUGGUAAGUAGGGUAUAUAGGUCCGGAUAUUAUUUAAAAGUCAGCUCGUCUUUCGAUGUCUUACGAAUUUUGGUGAGAUGUUCGUCGAUACUUGGCAUCAUGCUACUGAGGUCACAUGAUAAGUUAAUUAUACCCGUGGACGCUGCCAAGAGCGAUCAACUCCAAGCUCUUUCUACAUAACCAACCUCUGGACAAGUUCAAACUACACGCUUGAAUAUUUACUCAUACUCUAGUCCGUGCUGUUGACAGCAAUGCGAUGUUCUGUAGGUCUACCUAAGUUAUGCAAUCUGAUAUAUCUUUCUCAUUGCAAGAACAGGGAUAGGCUCCUCCAUGUGUCAAGACCUCCAUUAUUCUUAAAGGAAUUGAAUCGAUUCCUAAGAAACCUUUCUGAACUUUUUCAUUCAGCUUUAGAUAUUACCCCAAUGCUUGAAAUUCCAGAACGGUUUGGCAUCCACGCUAAUGGCGUGAUAAUCACAUAAUGUCCGCCUGACGACCAAACCAGACAGGGAAGAAGUCUUUGCCAGGGAAGCGUUUGGCUGGUACCGGUUUUCCCUUCUGCAUCAGGGAGGGAGAAUUGGAAGUGGAUCUUCUGCUCUCUAGAAUCUGUUUGCUUCCUAUAGGUGGGUGCAAUACCUGUCCUAUAUCCAUCGAUAUAAACUUGUGCGCAGGUAAUGUAACUAUUCAAUAUCAGGCUCAGAUUGGGAUUCAGCCGAUGACGCUGAAGUGGACAUUUUGUCACGUGGGUCAAGAACCCUAACCAGAAACCCGUCCCCGGAUUUGAUCGCCAUGAACGUCGUCACUUGGGUUGGAUGCAAGGAAUCCUGGCUAUUGUUUUGAAUUGGUGCGGCAGAUUGAUACCUUACUGGUCCCUAUACUAAUUAAAAGGGCUGUACCAAUUGAUGGCGGUAGUAAACCUUGGAUCCCACAAGGCUAUUCUAAAAUCGCCACGAUGACGUCUCUGCUACCAGAAAAGCUUCAAUGGCGCCAAUUCGAUAUUAUUUAUCAAGACUAUAUUUUGGGCUAGCCUCUUCCUUAUAUGAUGUUAGCUGGAUUAUUUGACCUUCUUCUCUGAUGAGGUCGAGGACGAGUCCUGAUAACCACUUCUCGUCCAGCAGCCGAUCACGCGUUUCUGUUCUGCAUUCUAUCAAUUAGCUUUGCCAGUCAAUAUGACAAGUGAAACUCAAAGGUACCCUGGUGGGCAUUGGGGCGCAAACAAUCCGAUUCCCACAGUCCAAAAAUUCCUCCGUAACUUGGACCAGGAAAAGGAGGAGAGGGAUAGGCAAAUUGAUGAAGCGGCGAAGCUCAAGCAAAAAAGGGGACAGGAUAAGCAGAAGCAAAAUGGCGAACAAGAUGAGGAUACGGAAGUGACAGCCCAUACCCCUUUGCAGCCGAGGAAACGUGGGCGCAAAGUAAUAGACCCGACAACUGGAAGAGAAGUUGAGAUUGAUGACGUUGGAGAUGAAUUCAUGGCCACAGUUAAAGAGCCACAGCUUUCCGUACCCAAUGCAAAUCUGGGGAAGGAGACGCCUAUUAAAACAGAGCCCACCCAAGAUUUGCGAGAAUACAAACGAAUUCAAGACCUCGUCUCACCGCCAGAUCCUAUUGCCGAAGGCACUACAUCUGAUGUGCCAAUCCAUGGAGAGAAAACCAACAUCUUGUUUCAUCCUACUCCAUCAGUCAGCUAUGAGCCAAUGUACCAGGCUUUGGAAAGACGUGGGACGGUGCUUUCUCUGUGUAUUUUUUGUGGUAUUGUGAUUCCGGGUAAAUUGAUCGGUGGCUCACUCAAAGGGCUUAUUCCUCUCGCUAUCUGUAUUACCUCUGGAGUAUGGCUGUGGAUGCAGGAUAUCAUCCGCAAAGGACGAGAUAUGGAAUGGAGCAGCGAACAACGUCGCGGGGAAACGGCCACAGUGAAUUUAAUUCCAGAGUCAGUUGAAUGGAUGAAUACGUUUCUGUCAAUAGUCUGGGGUCUCCUAAAUCCAGACAUGUUCGCAAGCGUAGCAGAUACUAUCGAGGAUAUUAUGCAGGCUUCCGUACCGGGAAUAAUCGAGAAUGUCCGUGUGGCUGAGAUCGACCAAGGAUCGAACCCAUUUCGGAUCCUCAGCUUGCGAGCACUCCCAGAUAGCCAAGUGGAGGACCUCAAAAACGCAGCGCAUGAAUACAACAAGGAGACAAAAUCUGCUCAAGAAGCUGCUGCUGAUGAGGAAGGAGGCUCCCAUUACAACCUCGAAUGCUCGUUUGCUUACCACGCUAAACCAAGCGGUACAAGCUCUUCCUCGAAGGCUGCCAAUAUGCAUAUGCUUUUGGUAUUUUACCUGGGUAUCAAGGGACUUUUCGGGGUUCCACUGCCAGUUUUCACCGAAUUAAUCCAGCUCAUUGGCACUGUGAGGCUUCGAUUACAGAUGACUCCUGACCCGCCCUUCGCUAAAACCUUGACAUUCAGCUUGAUGGGAGUCCCUCAUGUCCGGGCCGGUUGCGUCCCAAUGGUAAAGAGAGGAGUAAAUAUCCUCAAUUUGCCGCUGAUCUCCAAUUUUGUGAACUACGCCAUCAAAACUGCUGCGAGCAUGUAUGUUGCGCCAAAAUCGAUAUGUAUGGAUCUACGCAUGCUACUACAAGGAGAUACCAUACAAAAGGAUACUCUGGCACUAGGAAUUAUGUGGGUCAGGAUACACAGAGCCACAGGCCUUAGCAAACAGGAUAAACGAGGCACCGACGGUGGAGGUAGCGACCCUUACAUCAAUCUAUCUUUUUCAAAAUACGGAAAGCCGAUGUAUUGUACCAGAGUCAUCACCGAUGAUCUCAAUCCAGUAUGGGAAGAGUCAGCCGCCCUUCUAGUGACACCAGAGCUCAUUAAGGCCGACGAACAGCUCAGUGUCGAGCUAUGGGAUUCUGAUCGCAAUACUGCUGAUGAUAUUGUUGGAAAAGUCGAAAUUUCCAUACAGAAGAUGUUGAAGCACCCGGGAAAGAUGUACCAGCUAACUUCCAAGCUUCAAGGGAUGGAUAUUGGCUCUGAGAUGCCUGGGGAGCUUGUUUGGGAGGUAGGAUACUUCGGGAAACCGCAAUUCCGACCGGCUCUUCGGACCGAUGGGAGGGAUCCAAAUCUACCUGCGACAAUGAAGGAUGAUGCAGCACUGCAAGAUGAGAAGGGUACUAUUGACACUGAUGAAGCUUAUGCUGUCACCCAUACACCUCCAGAUCCGCUUUGGCCAAGUGGUAUUUGCAGUGUUGUCAUUCACCAAAUCGUUAAUUUGGACCUAGCAAACAUUAAAGGGAGUUUUGCGAACGGCCGAAGCAGUAAUAGGGAGUACGAACCCGCAAAACCAUAUGGAGAAAGUACAGAUGAAGAAGGAAAGCAACUUCCAACUAGUUACUGUACAAUCCUUUUGAACGAUGAGCUUAUUUACCGCACCAGAGCAAAAGCUGUAAGCAGCAAACCCAUAUUCAAUACAGGAACAGAAAAGUUUGUGCGAGAUUGGAGAUCCGCGAUUGUUACCAUUACGGUCCGGGACCAAAGACACCGGGAACAUGAUCCAAUUCUAGGUGUUGUGCCCCUUAAACUGUCUGCUAUUUUACAAACCAGUUCCCAAGUAACCCGUUGGUAUCCAUUGGAUGGAGGCAUUGGCUUCGGACGUAUUCGAAUUUCUCUUUUGUUCAGAAGUGUCGAAACAAGGUUGCCGCCUCCUCUUCUCGGUUGGAACGUCGGGUCUUUCCAGAUUACAUCAGAUCGCAUUACCGCCCUGGAUUAUCAUCGUCAUGCCAAACUAAGGGUACGAACAAGUGGGAGUAUUGGUACGCUACCCCGACGAGCGUGCGGUACUCUUGAGGGCGGCAAGGGCAUGUACUUCGACACCAGCUCUCAAGAGCUGAAAGAUCGGAUCCACCUACCAGUCAAACAUAGACAUAGGUCUGGAAUCAUUUUCGAGCUGCACAAAGGGGAUAAGCCGGGCUGCGCCGUCUUCUGGCUUCAUCAAUGCAUUGAUAACGAAGACACGGACGUCGAUAUCCCGAUCUGGAACACAAAGAACGAAGCGCGCCUGACGCAGAACUAUAUCACUGAAGAAAACUGGCAACAGAAACAAGUUCCAGGCCUGGAAGACCUUACCAUCAUAGGGCGUCUUCGGUUCAAAGCCAAAUUCACCCCGGGUAUUGAUGAAAGCCACCGCCGUUUUGUUCAGGAUAACGACUCCCGUGAAACAUUUGAGACGUGGGAAGCAUGCAUAUCCGAAGGAGUACGGAGUCAAACUGUUUCAAGAGAAUUACCAGACUCCAUCAAAGAGUUGCAUGACAAGUCUCUCCUCCAAGAGCGUGAUAUCCUCCGAGCAGCAAGUGCGGACGAGCAAAAACGCUGGAUUACUGCCGACGGGGUCGAUUGGAACGAGGCAUUCGGCACUGAUCCCCAUGAGCUUGCCGAUCACCAACGACGUAACCUCGUUGACAUAGGCGUCGAGGACCAUGUGCGGUUUUCAGUGUCGUCUAUGCAAGGCGAGGAACGGAAGGGCGCGGAGGCUUCCCACUCAGGGUCUUUGAGACAGGAUUCAGGUUAUGCAACAAACAGCCGGGAGCAAAAUCUUCCUGAACAUGCACGCGAUGAUAUCAAUGAAAACGCCGUCGACGACCACAGUGAGCAUCAUCACCAAUCCGGAACUGACGCGGACGAGGCCGAUUCGUUCACCACCACGGAUACCAAUCGAAGAUCGUUAGAGACCAACGAGCAGCGUGCGCAACGCAUCGGGAACAAGGCAAAUAAACGGACUGAGCAUCGCAAGCAGAGGGGAAUUAUGCAGUGGAAGCCAGCGCGUAACGCGGCGUUUGCGAAGGAUGAGGCUUCUUUCGCCCUGAAGAAGGUUAAAAAGAAGUUUACGGGCGGGCUGACGGGGAGGGAACCUGGUGUCGAGACAGAGGUAGGCGGUUAAUGGGAGGAUUACGGUUACAGUUAACUACUGCAGUUUUGCGAAUGGGAAAUAUUCGUUUAUCCUCCUUGAACUCUUGCAUUUCAUGCAAUGAUUUUAUUUUAUUUUUCCCCUUUCUUUUUUUAUCCCCUUCCAUAUGUACUGUACCUAUUUUAAUCCUUCUAUCACGUUACGAUUUCCAAUAAUAUCUAUCAAUUUGUCAAAUACUAAAUUUACCGAGGGCUCAUCCGCCCACCACACACGGGAAAUAUAUUCUCUAUGAAUUUUCCCCAUCUUCUCCACACUUUGGCCCCCCAAGCUACCUUCCUAUGCUAUGCCCUGUGUGAUCCUUCCAGCCCGCUAGCUAUGUACAGCACGUAGCUCCCCCGACCCCCUUAGCAACUGGGGAGAUAAUAUCUAUCCGGCGCUCGGGCUAGAGUGAAUCGAAUGGUAAUCCGCCCCCGCCUUCCUGAAUAGGCAGCUGACUGAAAUCAGAAGGAUGUUGAUACAAAUGGUUCGGCCCCCUUAACUACCAGUUUUAAGCCUGGUUGGUGGUGAUGGAGCUCUUCUGCCCAGUCAGUGGCCUACACAGAGGAACCUCCCCCCCCCCCCCCCCGGGG